GCUCACGCUCUGCUACUGCGCGGCCGGCCGCCCCCGCCCGACGACACGCUGCGCGCCCUGGCGGCGCUGCGUCUGCAGAGCCUGCACCGAGACUUCUCCCCGAGGGCGCCCCUGCCGCGCCUGGAUCGCCUGCUGCCGCCCUCUGCCCCGCCGCGGGACGACCCUCCCCGCCCCGUCCCCCGGCCUCCCCCCUCCGCCGCCCUGCUGGCCGGGGCGAUCUGGAGCCCGGGCCUGGCCAAGAGGCGGGCGGAGCGGACCCGGCGCGGCGGCGGGGCAGGCGGCCCGGCGGGAAGCGCGGCCCGCGAGGGAGGAGGUGGCGCGGGCACGGCGGCUGCUGUGCUGGGCAGCUGGAAGCGGCUACGGGGCAUGGGCCGAGCUGAGGCCAUGGCUGCCUACCUGGCCCUGGCGGCGCAGUGUCCAGGGUUCGGCGCUGCUCGGUAUGACGUUCUGGAGCUGAGCACGGAGCCUGGUGGGGGCACUCCACAGAAGCUAUGCCUGGGCUUGGGAGCCAAGGCCAUGUCCUUCUCCCGGCCGGGUGAGACAGAGCCCAUCCACAGUGUCAGCUAUGGCCACGUGGCCGCCUGCCAGCUAAUGGGCCCCCACACCCUAGCACUGAGGGUGGGAGAGAGCCAGCUCGUCCUGCAGAGUCCCCAG